GCCAUUUUCAAACCUCUCACCUCCGGAGCCGGUGGCCGGGGAGAAAGAACCCGCGAGGAAGGCGCGUCCCGCGGGCCAUGCGGCUGCGGAAGGAGGGAGUUGCGGCCGGAGCUGCCGGACUUUAAUUUGUAGAAGGGAAUAAAACUGAUUUUGGAAGAUAGGAUGACUACAGCUGUGGAAAGAAAGUAUGCUCAUGUUAGAAAAAGAUUGGAUCAGCUGGGAUACCGCCACACUCUGACAGUGGAGAGUUUACCAUUAGUAGAAAAACUUUUCAGUGACCUAGUUCAUACAACAGAAAGCCUUCGACAGUCAAAAUUAUCUACUGUGAAAGCUGAAAAAGACAGUGCCAAUUUUGAUUUUGUUCUGGAACCUUAUAAACUUGAAAAUACAAGAUUGAGUAGGGAAAAUAAUGAAUUAUACCUGGAGUUAAUGAAACUGAGAGAACACUCAGAGCAACACAUUAAAGAGUUGAAAACUACACUGAAGAAGAAUACACGUGAAACAGCUGAUCUCAAAUUUCUAAAUAACCAAUAUGUUCAUAAACUCAAACUUUUGGAGAAAGAGAGCAAAGCUAAGAAUGAAAAAAUUCAACAACUUCAAGAAAAGAAUUUGCAAGCUGUGGUACAAACUCCAGGUGGCAAGAAAAGAAGCAUUGCUUUUAGGCGUCAGCGUAUGCAAAUUGAUGAACCAGUUCCUCCCUCUGAAGUCAGUUCCUAUCCAGUUCCCCAGCCAGAUGACCCUUACAUUGCAGAUCUCCUGCAAGUGGCUGAUAACAGGAUUCAAGAACUUCAACAGGAAGUCCACCAGUUACAAGAAAAGUUAGCAGCGAUGGAAAAUGGAGUGCUAGAUUACAGCAAGCAGAUUGAGCUAAGAGAACGAGAGAUAGAACGACUGUCAGUUGCUUUGGACGGUGGUCGCUCCCCUGAUGUCCUCUCUCUGGAGUCCAGAAAUAAAGCCAAUGAAAAACUCAUUGCUCAUUUAAAUAUUCAGGUUGACUUUCUUCAGCAAGCCAAUAAGGACCUGGAGAAGCGUAUACAAGAGCUUAUGGAAAGCAAGGAAACAGUUACAUCUGAGGUUGUUAAUUUAAGUAACAAAAAUGAAAAACUCUGCCAAGAAUUAACUGAAAUAGAUCAGCUAGCGCAGCAGUUAGAAAGACAUAAAGAAGCAGUGCUCCUGACCGCUGACCAAGAACUGGGGGAAGCAAAGAAAGAGAUUAAAAGAAAAUUCUUUGAAAUGCGGGAUCUUGAAGAAACAGUUGCAAAACUUGAACUGGAAUUAAACUUAUGCAAUAAAGAAAAGGAGAGACUGAGUGAGGAACUCCUUAUAAAAUCAGACCUGGAAACUGUUGUUUAUCAGCUUGAACAAGAAAAGCAAAGACUUAGCAAAAAAAUGGAAAAUUUUGCAGUUACAGAAAGAGAACUAACUUUGGAAGUUGAAAGGAUGAGACUAGAACAUGGAAUAAAACGUCGAGACAGGUCACCUUCUCGUUUAGACACGUUUCUGAAAGGUAUAGAAGAAGAACGAGAUUAUUAUAAGAAAGAGCUAGAACGACUCCAGCAUGUAAUACAGCGACGAUCUUGCUCUAUACAUUACAAUACACGUGAAAAAAGUUCAAGUCGAACACCAGAGAAGGGUGAUUACAAUUCAGAGAUUCAUAUGAUCACAAGAGAAAGAGAUGAACUUCAGCGUAUGCUAGAAAAAUUUGAAAAAUAUAUGGAGGAUAUACAGUCUAACGUUAAAUUAUUGACGGCAGAAAGAGAUAAUCUAAGCGUCUUAUAUAAUGAAGCUCAGAAAGAAUUGUCAACCCUAAGACAGGGAUCUACCCUCACUACAACCUCCCAUAAUAUUGUUAGUCUUAUGGAGAAGGAAAAAGAACUUGCAUUAUCUGACUUAAGAAGAAUUAUGGCAGAAAAGGAAUCUUUAAGAGACAAGUUACAAAGUGUCCAGGAAAUGAGUCUUCAUGGAAAGUCAGAAUUAGAAAAAACUAUUGAACAUUUGACAUGUGUUAAUCAUCAGCUUGAAAGUGAAAAAUGUGAAUUAAAGUCUAAAAUGUUACUAAUGAAAGACACAAUAGACUCGUUAGAGAACAAAUCAAAACUUCAAGCUAAAAAACUUAGCUUUGCAACGGGUGACUCAUCUCAUCACAAAACAGAGAUGAACUCACUUAGGAUAGUAAAUGAGCAGCUACAGCGGUCACUUGAUGACUGUCAGCACCGACUUUCCAUAAAAAGAAGUGAACUUGAAUCAGCCCAUGCACAAAUUAAAAUGCUGGAAGAAAAUCUAGAUAAACUAAACCUUAAGAUGACUUCACAGGAUGAGGAGGCUCAUGUAAUGAAAAAGACCAUUGGUGUUAUUGAUAAAGAAAAAGACUUUCUUCAGGAGACUGUGGAUGAGAAGACAGAAAAGAUUGCAGAUUUGCAGGAAAACCUAGCUAAUAAAGAAAAGGCUAUUGCUCAGAUGACAGUAACAGUCUCAGAGUGUGAAUUAAGUAUAAACCAACUCAAGGAAACAGUGAGUAAUCGAGAACGUGAGAUAAACAGCCUCCUGCGCCAGCUGGAUGCUGCUCGCAAAGAACUUGAUGAAGUAGGAAAAGCGAGAGAAAUAGCUUUUAAAGAAAACAGAAGAUUACAAGAUGAUUUGGCUACAAUGUCGAGAGAAAACCAGGAAAUCUCAUUGGAAUUGGAAACAGCAGUACAAGAAAAAGAAGAUAUGAAGAAUAGAGUUCACAGUUACAUAACUGAGGUGUCACGAUGGGAAAGCUUAAUGGCUACCAAGGAAAAAGAAAAUCAAGAUUUGUUAGACAGAUUUCAGAUGCUUCAUAACCGUGCAGAAGACUGGGAGGUGAAAGCCCAUCAGGCUGAGGGAGAAAGCAGCUCCGUCCGACUGGAACUUCUUUCUAUUGACACAGAGAGGAGACACCUUCGAGAGAGAGUGGAGCUAUUAGAAAAAGAAAUUCAAGAGCACAUAAAUGCUCAUCAUGCUUAUGAGUCUCAGAUCUCAUCAAUGGCAAAAGCUAUGUCUAGAUUAGAAGAAGAGCUGAGACGUCAAGAAGACGACAAAGCAGCAGUUUUAAAUGAUAUGUCUUCUCUGAGAGAACUUUGCAUUAAGCUUGAUUCAGGCAAAGAUAUUAUGACCCAACAAUUGAAUUCUAAAAACCUGGAGUUUGAGAGGGCUGUAGUGGAAUUAGAAAAUGUAAAAUCAGAAACAGACCUGUUGAAAAAACAAUUGUCAAAUGAGAGACAAACUGUUAAAAACCUCGAAUCAUUGUUGGCUACAAAUAGAGAUAAAGAAUUUCAUUCUCAUUUAACUUCCCACGAGAAGGAUACAGAAAUUCAGCUACUUAAAGAGAAGUUAACCCUUUCAGAAAGCAAAUUAACUAGUCAAAACCGGGAAAAUACCAUGCUGCGAUCUAAAGUGGCACAGUUAGAAACAGAUUAUGAUGCUCUGAAAAGACAGAUUGCAACUGAAAGAUACGAACGAGAACGAGCAAUCCAGGAGAUGCGUCGGCACGGUCUUUCUACAUCACCCCUUAGUUCCACUCUGAGGUCUCCUGAACGUUCUCCUGAACAUUUAAAUAUGUAAUUAUCAGAAAGAAUAAUGGUUUUCAAUGAGUUCCUGUAUGGAUUUUUAAAAGAACAGAACAGUAGUGAAAUAUUUGAAGUACUUGUUCCUGAAAAUCAUGAACAUUCACACAAAUUCUACCUCCGUCAACUUUUAUAUAAAUCAGUGAAUAUUUAUGUUAAAAGGUUUGGUUUAAAAGGACUAUAUGUGUAUAUUUUCAUAUAUAUGUGACAAAACAAAAUAUAUAUUAAAUAGUGCUUAACUGAUGUUAUAUUUUUAUUAUUUCUGACUUAAAUUCCUCCUCAAUGUGUGUUUAUACUGUGAAUUAAUAUAAUGUAUUGAUAAUACUUAUUUUUCAAUUUUCAUGUCUGGGUUUAUAAUGCCUAUCUUAAUGUAGUCACAAAGAAUUGUCAACUUGAUGCUAUGUUGUCUAGCUUAACUUUUUUUUCUUAAAAUUAUUCAUAGAUUUACUAUUAUCAAGGGGAAUAUAUUUACAUCUAGUCUUACUAUAAUAGAGGUCUUCAUAAAAUAAUGAUUGCCAUAUAUAAUUUGUUAUUGCCAACUAAAAGAACAAAGAUGGGAAAGGUACGUUACAUACAAUAUUAUUUUGGCCAUCACAUAGACUCGUCACGUAAUGCAUUUUGAAAUCAAACUAAAAGGUAUGUUUAGAGUUUUGUAUAAUAAUAGAACAGAAGUUUGGAACAUUUUUUCAGUAAAUAAAAUUCCUCAGUGUAUUAAUUUAAAAUUCAGGAGUCGGAAAGUAUAUGGAAGUAAAUAUAGUAAAACAUUUUAUUAAAAUUCCAACCUACAUUCAGUUUCAGUGUUUUGCUUUUAAACCUGUAUGUUGUAAUUUACCAGUCUUCCAGAACACUGUGUAAACACUGAACGAUGGCAAAUGAAUUGAAAAGUUUUUUAUAAUUAAUUUUCAAAGUUGUAAUUUUUAAAAAUGUAGUAUGUACAUAUAUUACUAAAACAACAGAAGCAAAAAAAUGGAAUGUCAGAUAUAGAAACUAAUCCUGUUUGAAUCAUACACAUUUGAAGACAGUCCUGGUCUUAAUAGAUUUUAUUAUGAUUGAAAAAGAACUUAACAUAGGAAAGUGAAAGACCAACUACUUAUGUUUUGUUUCCUCUGUGGUUUAAUAAAGUAGAGCGUGUGUGUACCUGGGGUGGGCAGUGCUCUUUUUCUAAAACUAAUAUGCCUUAUUAUGUCCUUUGUGAUAAUUUGGUGUGUAUUUGGUUAUGGGCUGGCUUUUCCACCAUCUUUAUAAUGUUAUGUAUCCCAUCUCCUUUGUGUGAAUUCACUUAUCAUCACAAUAGACAAGAGAAGUAGGACUAUUGGCAGUACCAUAUGGAAAAAAAUAUUUUAAUAAAUAUAUGUAAAUAAAAAAUAUUUGUCCCUACCUUUUCCCCUAAAGCAACAGCAAGGCAUAUUUUUUUUAGAUAUUUUAUUUUUAAUGUUUCUAUAAUUUAAGAAUAUAUAGCUUGCCCUAAUUGUUAUUUUCAUAAAUACGAUACAGUUUUUUAAAAAUUAGUUUUAUCUUAAAAUACUGAAUGUUCUGACCCUUUAUAAAUGUUUUUAACUGUUUUAAAUAAUUUUAAAUUAUGGAGCUUGACAUAGAUAUGCCAAUAAACUUUACAAUCAAUUUAUUUUCUCUCUUAAAAUAGUUCAUUUAUAGUUUUGUGUUAGCAAUAUUCUAAAUUCUAAAAGUG